ACUCUGCUCUCGAUUGCUCAUCCCUCACAGGGACCGCCCCGUAUUGCAGCGAGGUGGCGGCAGCGGGAUGCUGCGCUGGCUGAUCGGGGGCGGCCGGGAGCCGCAGGGCCUGGUGGAGAAGUCAUCUGUACAGACCAUUGGUGAAGAACAAGUACAGAAUCCUUACACGGAGCUCCUUGUGUUGAAAGGUCAUCAAGAUAUAGUACGUUUUCUUGUACAAAUAGAUGAUUACAGGUUUGCAUCUGCAGGAGAUGAUGGAAUCAUUUUUCUGUGGAAUGCUCAGACUGGAGAGAAACUUUUUGAACUUCAUGGUCACACACACAAGAUUACAGCUAUAGCACCAUUUUUUUCAUCAGAAGCAACUGAAGAAAACAGUCAUUUGAUUUUAACAGCAUCAGCUGAUAGAACAGUUAUUGUUUGGGACUGUACUACUGGCAGGCAGGUGCAAAAAGUAUCAUGUUUCCAUUCUACUGUAAAGUGUUUGACAGUCCUUCAAAGACUGGAUGUAUGGUUGUCUGGAGGGAGUGAUCUAUGUGUUUGGAACCGAAAAUUAGAUCUCUUGUGUAAGACCAGUCAUCUUACUGAUGCAGGUAUUAGUGCUUUGGUUGAAUUGCCUAAAAACUGUGUUGCGGCUGCUGUUGGCAAGGAACUAGUCAUUUUUAGGUUGAUUGCUUCCAGUGAUAAGUCUGAAGGUUGGAAUAUCCUUGAAGCAAAACGCCUUGUUGAUCAUCAAGAUAACAUCUUGUCAUUGGUCAGUGUCAAUGAUUUGACUUUUGCAACAGGUUCUCAUGUGGGGGAGUUAAUAAUUUGGGAUGCACUUGACUGGACAAAACAGGCAUGUGAGUGCAAUUUCUGGGACUCUUCUGUCCAACCAGAUGCACGGACAGAAAUAAAGUUAUCCCAAAGUCCAAAUGAAACUUCAGUUCAAAACUUAGCAUCUGAUGAAGAGUAUGUUUAUGCUGCAGUUGGGAAAGGCAUAUACGUAUAUAAUCUUCAAAUGAAGCGUGUGAUUGCCUGCCAGAGAACUGCUCAUGACUCUUCUGUACUGCACAUUGAGAUGCUUCCAAACAGGCAGCUGAUAUCCUGCUCAGAAGAUGGCAGUGUACGCAUCUGGGAGCUCCGAGAAAAGCAGCAUCUUACAACUGAACCAGUUCCAACAGGGUUCUUCAACAUGUGGGGAUUUGGAAGAGCAAACAAGCAGGCAAACCAAGCUAAGAAGGUGCAGGAGAAUACACCUAUGCAUUUUUUGGAGCUAGUUGGUGAUCUGAUUGGUCAUUCAUCGGCUGUACAGAUGUUCCUGUACUUCAGUGAACUGGGACUGGUUACGUGCUCUGCUGACCAUCUCAUUAUAUUGUGGAAGGAUGGUGAACGAGAAUCCAGGCUCCGCAGUUUAACAUUAUUUCAGAAACUGGCACAAAACGGUGAUUUGCAACUAAAAUUUUAAAUUGUUUGCAUAUAGGCUAAAUAUGUAUAACUGGAUUUACAUUAAAUGUGAAUGUGAAGGAAAGUCUGAGCUACUGGGAAUGUGACUGUCAAUAAGGUUCACUCUUAAUGUCAUGUAUUAUAUUGGAAUUUUUAUGGCUAUUCUUCUCAAAGGAGAAUUUUGUAUGUUGAAGCUUAUUUGGCUUACUCAGUCAGCAGAAAUUGUGUUGCCUUAAAUGACUGAAGAUAGUGGUUCUCAGAGUUUUUGCAUUUGAUGUCACAAUAAGGGUCAGAAGAAGAAAGAAAAGUAGGCAGUACCAGUUCAUCUGGUUUUAAUUUUUUUUAGCAAAGCAAAUGAUUGGCACAGAAAUACUUCUGUCUUGCAACAACUGCAGUUCUACUGUGGGUUAACCUACACUGGAGUUUAUAUGACACCACUGUGAUGUCUUGCAUGAAGUGUGAUUGAUUCCAAUUAGUCAUUAUGUAGCGUACUUAUUGAAUUCAUUUGUCUGUCAUGAAGGUGCUGUCCUUACUGUGGAUUUACAGGAUAUAAAAUGUUUUCAUAACUGGUAGUAAUUGAUCUGUUCUGUCAGCUGAGCACUGAGUUCUCAAAUAAAAUUUGACUGCAAAGAAACUUA